GUCAGUUUGAACUGGAAAAAACCGGGUGAUAAAACUUUCUUACUGAAGAACUCGUUUCAAAUUUGUACAUGCCAUAAUGACAUUCCUUCCAAAUCACAUCUUUAAAUUCAUUUAAACACACAAUGAGAAAAUGCACAAACAUGAUUUUACAUGAUCAGCAUAAGUUUCUGAAACAAAUUUUCUGCUCACCCUGGCGUAGACCUUUAUGCAUUAUUUAAACGGAAAUACACGAAAUUCUGAAUCUAUAUUAUCUGUCGGGAAAAUGACAAGAGUAAACGAACUUAAGAAAUUCAAAACUAAAAGAAAGCAUUGAUCGUUCUUUUUAAAAGAAUAAACUGAUUACUUCAGGUAUCCGGAGGAAAUUAAACAUUAUUAUUACUGCUAUUUAUGUUUUAUGCUAAAUUGUCUUGACUAUUAAAUUUAGCAGUUGUAUGAGAUAUUACUGAUGCAUAGUAGUAUUUUUUUUUCGGCUCAAAGAACAUGGGCGUGGUGCGGGGCCAGUUACGCUUCAUUCUGAAACUUUCCACCAUCUGCACCUGAGCUGCUGCCAAAACAAGAAGCGGGUAUAUAAAAGUCUCAGAGAAAGGUAACGCAGUACCUUCACGCAGAUAUCAGAAGAGCGCAGACGGGCAGCGGGAGGUCUGCACUUGUGUUGGACAUACGCAAACGCAGCCAUGCACAUAAACACAUGCGCAUCUAGCCAUCUUAUAUUUUUUUUCUGCAUUAUUCUGAAGAACUGUCAUACUUUCAAGAACGAUGCUACGGAAAUCCUUUACACGCAAGUACUUACUCCGGUUGCAGAGGCUCCGAGUAACACAUCCUUGAAUCGUGCAAGAAACGGCGGCAGAAGCUUGGGCAAUACUGAAAGACGUGAUCGAAGCCAAGUUGGGUGCAGAGAACUGCGGUCAACUAAAUACAUCUCUGAUGGUCAGUGCACCAGUAUAAACCCAAUAAAGGAGCUGGUUUGUGCUGGAGAAUGCCUCCCAGCGCAGAUGCUACCGAACUGGAUUGGUGGGAGCUAUGGGCGGAAGUUCUGGAGCAGACGGAAUGACCAGGACUGGCGGUGUGUGAACGACAAAACCCGCACCCAGCGGAUCCAGCUGCAGUGCCAGAACGGGAGCACACGGACAUACAAAAUCACUGUGGUCACCUCCUGCAAGUGCAAGAGAUACUCCAGGCAGCACAACGAGUCGGCCCACAAGUUUGAGGAUCAGUCCCGAGCCCAGCCUGUCCAGAAAGUGAAUGCCAAUAGGAGACAUGUCAGGGGAGAGCAGAAUGAGAACUGGCACGAAGCAAGACCCAAAAACUAAGUCACCCAAAAACCACGGCCCUGGACUUUUGCUCACUCUAACGGACAUGCCAAGGGUGCACUUGUGGUUCCUGACCUCCCCCCCACCCCCGCGUGGAGCAUGGAAAGACUGUACUGAUCCCGGCACCAGCAUUUAGAACUGAAGGCAGCCAUUGCCUGUUUAAUCUCCCAUUAGAGUUCAAUGCAGUUCAAAGCAGCAGAACAAGUCCUCAGUCAGCAUUUUUGAACAUUAUUAUUUUUCAAAGUAUUCAUACUAUUUAAAAUGUUGUAUAUAAAAACCCUUUUCUCUCUUUUUAGAAAAUGUAGCAUGCAAAAAAAAAACUGAUGUAGGAUAAACUUGCAUGUCAGAAGAUUCCUAAAAUUUCAAAUAGCACAUGUUAAAUGUAUAUAUGUGUAAAUAUUUAUAUAUUUCAUUAUCAGCUAUCAGUUGAUUUGAAAGUACAACAUUUUGUAUAAAACUUUUAAGCAUAAAAUAUGUAUAUUAUGUAAUAUAUGUUUUGUAUUGCAACACAUUUUUAUAUAUUUUAGUUUUAUUUGAUAACUGGUAUGUUAGGUUCGAUGCAGACACUGAGUAACAAUGGCAUUAGUAAGCUAUAGUGUGUUUAGGUGCAUAUUGUAUGUUUUCUUGUGAGCAGAGUAAUAAAUUGAAUUAUGUGGUA